AUGGAUAACAUGAACUCUUCUUCUUUCCAAAGUUAUAAUACUAAUGGCGACGAAGACACUGAAAGUUUGCUAACCCUAAGAUUAUCAAUAGGACCUACGUCACCUCUAUUGCCGUCAUCGUCAUCAGAGCAACAAAUCCUUCAAUUACCACAACCGUCACCACCAUUGCCACAGGAUUCGGUUUUACCAUCGAUGAUCCCGAUCCCGCAACCACCACCGUUACCAAUUUACUCGAGUCUCGAAGCUCAUACCCCAACUGGAGUUAACCCGAACAACAGCAAUGUGUUUUCUCGAGAGACCGUGAGCCAUUCACGCCCCCCUCGGGGCCGUAGAAGAAACUCCUCUCAGACCCCAAGACAAGGCAGGACCGAAAGCAUACCACCACCGUUCCCUUGGGCCACAAGCAAGCGUGCCACAGUCCAUACACUUGAUUAUCUCUUAACCCACAACAUAACCACUAUUAGUGGUGAAGUUCAAUGUAAGAGAUGUGAGCGGAUUUACACGAUCGAGUACGAUUUGCUGCAGAAAUUCCGAGAGAUUUCGGAUUUCAUAAGAGUAAAUAGGUUUUCUUUGCAUGACCGAGCACCGUCGGAAUGGACGAAUCCAAAUCUGCCGAGCUGCGAGACGUGUGGUAGUCCGGUCAAGCCAGUUGUUACGAAGAAAAGAUCGAUAAAUUGGCUGUUCUUGCUGUUGGGGAAGAUGCUGGGGUGCUGCAAGCUAACGCAUUUGAAGUAUUUUUGCAAGCAUACCAGGAAUCAUAAGACGGCUGCUAAAGAUCGAGUGCUUUAUCUCACUUAUGUGGAAUUGUGCAAGCAAUUGGAUCCCACCGGACCUUUUGAUAUUUGAUCUCGUUUU